GUCAUCGAAGAACGACCAAUUGAAGUUAAUGGAGUAGAAAUUCCAGUUGAUAUUUCUAAACCAAAUCCUAAUAAGAUGGAGUUCGAUAAUUUAUAUUUAGAUAUGAAUGGCAUUAUUCAUCCUUGUUGUCAUCCGGAUAACAAGCCUGCUCCAGAAACUGAAGAAGAUAUGAUGAUUGAAAUAUUUAAAUAUACUGAGCGUAUAGUUGCUAUGAUUCGCCCUCGAAGGGUUUUAUAUCUCGCUAUUGAUGGAGUGGCACCUCGUGCUAAAAUGAAUCAACAAAGAUCUCGUAGAUUUAGAACUGCACAAGAAGAUAAGGAAAAGGCGGAAGAAGCAACUCAUGAGAUAGAAAGGCUUGAAGCGUCAGGACAAUCGAUAGAUACAACUCUCAAACAAAAAAAGUCAUUUGAUAGUAACUGUAUAACUCCAGGUACGCCUUUUAUGGCACGCCUUGCAGAAUGUUUACGAUAUUGGAUCGCAGAUAAACUUAAUACUGAGCCAGGAUGGAAAAAUGCAUUCAUCUUAUCUGAUGCGAGUGUACCAGGUGAAGGUGAACACAAAAUUAUGGAUUUUAUUCGUGCACAGCGUGGUAGUCCAUAUCACGAUCCUAACACUUGUCACGUAAUAUAUGGCUUGGAUGCCGAUCUUAUUAUGCUUUCAUUGGCUACACAUGAACCUCAUUUUAAAGUGCUACGAGAAGACGUCUUCUUUCAAGAAGGAAUUUAUAGAGGAUGUUUUAUAUGUGGACAAUCGGAUCAUAUAGCUAAUCAGUGCACAGGUCAAGCUAAACAAAAACAAGGACAAUAUGAUGAGAAAGGAAAGGCUAUGAUCAUAAAACCAUAUAUAUUUCUUAAUGUUCAAAUUCUUCGAGAAUAUUUGGAAAUUGAACUUAAAGUAUCCAGUAAUGAUUUUCUUCCCCAUCUGCCGUCUUUGGAGAUCAGGGAAGGUGCGAUAGAUACCUUGAUAACAAUAUGGAAGCGUUGUUUGCCAUUAAUGGGUGGCUAUUUAACCAAUA